GUUUCUUUCAAUUACAGUCUCAAAACACAAGACAUCAUCAUUAUACAGAGGAAAAUAAAGAAAUAAAAAAGAAAUAAAAAAUGUCCUCCUACUUCGGCGACGUGCCAGGAAACAUGGCCAAAGCAUUAAAAGGACAAGGAGGCGGUUUACAAGCAUCCUCCACCGCAGUGGGAGAUAUGAUUACAGAGGAAACGCAGUCGAGAGGACAGAAACAGGCACAGGCUGCGAGUGAGAGUUUGAAUCGGAUGAGUUCGGGAGAUAAACGAUCAGGGGACACAGUGGGAGGAACGGGGAUUACAGCGCAAGAUCAAGUUGCGAAUCAACAGACGGGUUCUGCGGAUCAUUUGGGCAUGGCGUUCAAGAAAUGAAAGAGACUGACUGGUCGCUGUUGCUUUCUCUCUCGCUUUCUCUCCUCAUGACCGACAGAGGUGUAAUGCGCAAGUAGAAGGCGUGGUUGCUUUUCUACAGAACGAACUUACAUCACCGAUGCGUCCAUUCAGCUUUCUUCUUCUCGGCAAAAGCCUUCAUCCCAAUUUUCUGGUCCUGACUUCCAAAUAAGCCGUGGAAUACUCUCCUUUCAUAUUCCACUCCCUCUCGAAUCCCCAGAUCUUGACUCUUAUUCACAACCUCCUUACAUGCCUUGACAGCAAUCUUACUAUACCCCGCAAUCAUCUCCGCAGUAGCCAGCGCCCCUUCGACACACUCCUCGGGCGUCGCAAACACCCUCGCAGCCAAACCCCACUCAUACGCUUCCCUCCCACUGAAACUCUUGCCUGUCAAGAUCAAUUCCAUCGCCCUCGAUUUCCCAAUCGCCCUCGUCAACCUCUGACUCCCUCCCGCACCUGGUAUCACGCCCAACUUGAUCUCGGGUUGUCCAAAAUUCGCCUUUUCCGAACAGUACAGAAUGUCCGCCAUCAUUGCCAACUCACAGCCUCCUCCCAACGCAUGCCCAUUCACGGCAGAAAUGACGGGUUUCUUGAUCGUGGCAGGCAGUUCGGACCAGGACUCGAUGAAGUCGUCUCCGUAGGCGUCGGAGAAGGUUUUGGUGGACAUUUCUUUAAUGUCGGCGCCUGCUGCAAAGGCUUUGUGGGAGCCGGUAAGGACUAUGGCGCCGAUGGUAGAGUCGUGGUCGAAGGACUUGAGGGCUGAGUUGAGUUCGAGGAUGAGGGGGGUGAACAAGGCGUUGAGGGCUUUGGGGCGGUGGAGUUCGACCAGGCCGACACCUGCUCGAGGCGUGGAUACUUUGAUGUGUUCAUAUGUUGUUUCGGUUGCGCUGGAAUAGGUUCGUAUGCGCAAUGGCUGCAUGAAGCGGCCGAAUUGGGUGGCACUGGGCCUGAGUUUGGAUGCCAGCAUCGUUGUGGUGGUGGUGGAGAGGGCGGAGGU